GAGGCAGAGCAGGGCGGGACAUUCGGAAAAUUCGCUUUCUGGCCCAGCUGUCCAUGCAAUCCUGCACUAUUUUAUAAUGCCUGGAAAGCACUGCUGUGUGAUAAACUGCUCCAGUUCCUCACACGAUUGUCGUGGAAACCGUAAGAAUCCUGUGUUACAGUUUUUUCGUAUCCCUACAUGGAAAAAGCAUGAAGGAGAGCAUGUCUCCGAUGUGACAAGGAGACGUCGGAUUUCUUGGGUGGCUGCAAUUAGAAGAAAGGACAUUACUUUCGACCGCAUCCCCCAGUCCAUGAGAGUGUGCUCUCUGCAUUUUCAUUCGGGUAAACCAUCAUAUGAGAUGUUGGAGAACCACCCUGACUGGAAACCAUCUUUGCGGUUAGGCCACAGUGAUGUUAAGAAAACAGACGAAGCGAGAUUUCAGCGGCUAGUAAAGCGCAGGACCCAGCACCAGGAGCAGCUACCAUCACCGGCACAGCACCAGGAGCAGCUACCAUCACCGGCACGGCACCAGGAGCAGCUACCAUCCCCGGCACAGCACCAGGAGCAGCUACCAUCCCCGGCACUGCACCAGGAGCAGCUACCAUCCCCGGCACAGCACCAGGAGCAGCUACCAUCACCGGCACUGCACCAGGAGCAGCUACCAUCCCCGGCACUGCACCAGGAGCAGCUACCAUCCCCGGCACAGCACCAGGAGCAGCUACCAUCACCGGCACUGCACCAGGAGCAGCUACCAUCACCGGCACAGCACCAGGAGCAGCUACCAUCCCCGGCACAGCACCAGGAGCAGCUACCAUCACCGGCACUGCACCAGGAGCAGCUACCAUCCCCGGCACUGCACCAGGAGCAGCUACCAUCCCCGGCACAGCACCAGGAGCAGCUACCAUCACCGGCACUGCACCAGGAGCAGCUACCAUCACCGGCACAGCACCAGGAGCAGCUACCAUCACCGGCACAGCACCAGGAGCAGCUGCCAUCACCGGCACGGCACCAGGAGCAGCUGCCAUCACCGGCACAGCACCAGGAGCAGCUACCAUCACCGGCACGUCACCAGGAGCAGCUGCCAUCACCGGCACGGCACCAGGAGCAGCUGCCAUCACCGGCACUGCACCAGGAGCAGCUACCAUCACCGGCACAGCACCAGGAGCAGCUACCAUCACCGGCACUGCACCAGGAGCAGCUACCAUCCCCGGCACUGCACCAGGAGCAGCUACCAUCACCGGCACGUCACCAGGAGCAGCUGCCAUCACCGGCACGGCACCAGGAGCAGCUGCCAUCACCGGCACGGCACCAGGAGCAGCUGCCAUCACCGGCACUGCACCAGGAGCAGCUACCAUCACCGGCACUGCACCAGGAGCAGCUACCAUCCCCGGCACUGCACCAGGAGCAGCUACCAUCCCCGGCACAGCACCAGGAGCAGCUACCAUCCCCGGCACAGCACCAGGAGCAGCUACCAUCCCCGGCACAGCACCAGGAGCAGCUACCAUCCCCGGCACAGCACCAGGAGCAGCUACCAUCCCCGGCACAGGAAUGUGUCCUCUGCACAUGUAGACGAGAUGUAAUCAACUGUCUUUUGGAGGAAAACCGAAAGCUGAAGGAGGAGCUUGAAGAGUUUAAACGUUUAAACGCUGUGAUGAUAAUUCCUCGAGCCGUCUUUCCUGCUCCGUCUCUGACUGUGUCGCUCUGA